UUCGCUAUUUCAGAAUCUAUCAAAUUCAUACUUCAAGUGAUAAAACUAAAUAGAAUUAUAAUUAUAGAAUAUGUCCAAACAUGUCAUCCUUCAGUUCGGCUAUGCAAGAAAUUUCUACGGGAGCAAAAUCCGAUGAUAGAAUACAAUUUCCUGAGAUAAUUGACGGCAAAAUAAACACUGAAGAAUUUUUACAAGCUGCACGUGAUGUCGUGCACACAAUUCAUAAAUUGGGCAAAUUAUUUGCCCCUGUACGAUAUGAUAUGCAAGGCAAUAUUGAUAAACUCACAACUAGAUAUUCUAUGGAUAAAAACAGUAACUCAACAUUACAAGACAUGAUUUUACUUGAAAAAUCUACUGAGAAAGAUCUUAUUGCAGUUGAUGCUUUAAUGUGGUUAAGAAGGGCUUUACAUAUGAUAUUAUUAUUUUUUGAAAAAAUUGUGGAGGAUCAUAAAGCAGGAAAAGCAACAGAAGAUUUAGUUGCAUUUCUCAAAGAGGCAUAUCACAAAACCUUAGAGCCUUAUCAUGGUUGGAUGGCACAGCAAUUAUUUAAUUUCUUAUCACGUAUGGCACCAACUCGUUCACAAGUUUUAUUAGCAUUAGCAGAUGGAGAAACGGGGAAAGAAGAAAUUACUCUGCACAAUAUAGAGGUAUCUACGAUAAAACUAAAGAAAAAUGUAUUAGCAUUAAAGACAUUUUAUGAUGACAAUGAACUGGAAGUUACUACUGUGGUAUAAUGUGGAGUAUAUUAGAAUGCAAAGAAAUAUGCCUAUAGAAGGUUUUCGAAGCUUCGAUAAAUAAAAAACAACAUUGGAAUUUCGGAACGACCAAUGUUAUUGCAUAAAAGAAGUCGCAAAAAGAAAAACAAAGGCGUAAUGUAAUACAUACGCAGAAUGACAGUUGUUUGCCUCUUCAGCAGAAGCAGACUUCGGGAAAGGGCGAAUUUUUCAUUUUUUAUCUUCUUUAUAAGAGAUAAUCAAUUUGUAAUGGUUCGUUCGUCGAAGAUCGUCAAGAGAACCGAGAUGGUGGCACGUGGAGAUAACGCAACAAUAAAUCCACCGUAUUAUUUUCGCCAUAGCAGCAGAAAAUCGGCGAAAUCGCAGAUUCCCGAAGAUAUUCCGGAGAAAAAUGUUAAUGAGAGAUCUUCAAUAGGAGUAACGGACAACUGGUCUAAUGGAAAAUUCAAGUACUGUAGUUGUUGCUUCAUUGGAACGCUUGCAGUAACCUUUUGCAUCAUAUUUAUUAGCACACUGUUUCCGUAUCCUCUACAUGCAUCAUGCAUUGUAAAAUGGAAAUUCGACGAAAAUUGCACGUACGUGAUG